AGCAUUACUCUUCCUGCUUGUAUUAGCUUGCGGCUAGUGAUUGUUGGGCUAACCUCGCUCACGGCUCCUUAUUCCUGGUCUUGGGCUUCUCUCUGGGCUCUCGUAUAGGUAGCGCGAGGCAGGGUCUUGACAGAGUACAAGUUGUUCCUUGUGGCGGCGCGUGAGAGGGCACGAAUUCGGAAGUACGAUCCUCCCCGCGUCUCAGCCUUCCCCUCCCUGAUCGAGGGUAUGGAGUCAUCAGAUUGCGAGUGCGGUACUGAUGAAUCUAAAGGCGCAUAUGGGGGUGAUGUCAAAAUGGGAGAGGUUCCGGAGAAUCCGAGUUGUAAGCUGAUUGACAUCAACCGCUGUAUCGAUCUCCUGAGGCUUGUCUUCAAACAAGGGAUGGCUUUUCUGGAUAAUGGAUCAGGGGCAGGUCUGCUGGAGAGGAUGCUCGUGGGCAUGCCGGGUUACGUAGUCGAUAAGAUCUUUGAGAACCCUGCUGUUGCACAGCGCGAUGCUCCUGGUCGAAUGCGGGUGAUGACGCCUACUCUCGAGACUGAUAUCGCGCACACAUUCGCGAAAGAAACAAGAAAGGCUAUCACCAAGGAGAUCCAGGGUGACUUCUUUGGGAUAUAUGUUGAUGUGUGCUCCCAGCGUAAUACCGGGAGAAACUACAUGGUUCUUUUUGCACGGUAUGUCAACGGCAAGGGAGAUGUUGUGGAGAGGCUUCUUGGGAUUGUGCCGGAACCUCAUGUCUCUGGUCCAUCUCUUAAAGUGGCAGUGCAUUCGAUGCUUUCAGAAGCUGGACUGAGCUCGUCGAGUAUGCGUGCGCAAGGUUAUGGCUUGGGGCAGUAUGAUGGUGAAGUUCUAACAGAGCUGAAAUCAUUGUUCACUGGUGAAAAUGCAUCUGCACACUAUGUGCAUCCGCACGUCUGCCCACUGCACUCGCUUCUCAUAACCGCUUCUUUUGCCCAAUUUGAUGUUUACGAACUUUUCAAGCUUGUUGAUAUGCUGUCCAAUCUAAUUGAAGAUUCCCCUCAGUUCAAUGAAAAGCUACGCACCCUUGUCCAAGAGAGAGGGCUGAAUCUGGACAAUGAUCUUGGGAAGGCCGGUGAAACAAACUGGGGUUCAUACUAUGAGGCGAUCGUAAAAUUUGCAGCAUAUUUCUCUCCUAUUUGUGAUGCACUUGACUUUGUGGGAGAAGUCUCAAGUAGAGAUACAAAAUUCGUGAUAUACGAGAUAUGUGGACGAUUGUCCUAUGACCUUGUCUUUGCCUUGCUCCUGAUGCAAGAUGUACUGGGAGUCACAAACGAGUUGUCACUGGCCUUGGACAGGAAAGACUGGGAUGCUGACCACUGUGUGGCUCUUCUCCAGGAGUCCAAGAAACAGCUUCAGGUGAUGAGGGAUGAGGGGUGGCCACCUUUUCUCAACAAAGUCGGCAUGUUUUGCAAUGAGAAUGAUGUUGAUGUGGUCACCAUGGGAGAGAAAUUCAAGAAGAAAGCAUGGAGAGUUGAUGAACCUACAGCAGUGACAAACCUGGAUUAUUACCAUGUGGAUUUCUUCCAGCAGGUAAUGAACAGCCAACUCAAGGAGCUCGAUAGGCGGUUUACCAAGGAAAGCUGGGAGUUGGUUCUCCUCGCAUCCCACCUGAAUCCACGCAAUUCCUUUCGAUCUUUCGACAAGGACAAGCUUGUGGGGUUUGCUCGGCUCUACGCAUCCGAGUUCUCUGAUUAUGACAUAGCUGCGCUCGAUCUGGAGCUUCAAGCCUUCAUAACAGAUGCGAGCUCUGACACCAGGUUUUCUAGAAUGAACAUGCUGAGCGACCUUUCUGUACUGAUGGUGGAGACGGGCAAGAAUGUUGCAUAUCCACUGGUUUAUCUACUUGUGAAACUGGCGCUGAUCCUUUCUGGAACACCUACUACCGUUAAGGCAACAUCCACAGCACUCAAGUUCAUAGAUAACACGAUGAGGGAAGACCCAUGCAACCAGUGGAUCAGUGACUGCUUACUGCUGUACCUGGAGCCUGACGUAGUUAAAAGCAUCACCAAUGAUGUUGUGAUUGCAUCUCUCUGAGGCUAUUGAUAUUAUUAUUAGGGCUAGUGAAGCUGUUGCCUAGUGUUUUUUUGUUGCAGUAGUUAGUUCUCUACCAAGAUUAAACUUCUUAGCUAGCAAGUGCUUUGAAGUCCUGUCAUCCAUGUGCUGAUGUGCUCUCUGUUCUGCCUGCAUGUUUGCAUCAUGUGUCCCAUUAACUGAUGGACACUGGUCAGUUUGCAUCUGCAGCUUUCAUGUUGAAGGAACUUACGACUUCUUGCUUGUUUAGGAUUUGUUAUAUUUCCCUUGGUCAAAUUUUGACAUAUUCAGCUCAUAGCUCGCACUUGAAUGCAGAGGACACCGAGUGACACUGACAGCUCCGAAACUCUG